AUGGUGGCGCAAAUGGCGAAUGAUGGGCUGCUGCGGAUCACGUACCAGGACGACGGCAGCUUGAGUCGGGAGGAGAUGAGAGAGAGGCUUCCGGGGAAGUUUAAGGUCAUUGUGCCCGGUAGUCCAGAUGAAGAUGAGUAUGAGGUGGUCAACUUCAGCCCAUACCGGAUCCACCAGCGAUGUGCGGAGCGCUUGAGGCUGGGCAGAUUCGUCCUGGCGGCUGAUGCGGCGCAUCUGUGUAAUCCUUACGGAGGCAUGGGCUUGACAGGCGGCUUUGCUGAUGUAGGAGGUCUCUAUGACUGCUUGUAUGGCAUAUACACUGGACAAGCCGAUGAUGCAAUUCUAGACAAGUACGACGAAAUUAGACGGGAGAAGUACUGGUCAGUCAUCGAUCCCAUCAGCACAGGAGAUCUGAAGUGA